UCUCACUCAAUCCAGUAGAUUGUUGGUCUUAGAUAAAGUUCCCUGAAGUGGUGUUACUAGCUAAUAGGUGGUUCUUUUCUUCCAUUCUAGAACCAUCUCUGCCAAUAAUUAGUAACGGAACCUUGAGCAAGCCUGUUCUCUUUUCUAGUCUUUAUGCUUCUCUUCUGUGUAAAGAUGGAUUUCCACAGAGUCUUAAAAUGCUAUAGUUCCAGAUGCGCCAUUUUGCACCAGUGUGUAGCUUACUUCUGUUUCAUUGGCCACAGAGGGUAGACUAACUCACAUCAUUCCUAACUCUUUCCCAGGUACUGGUAUAUUUUUGCUGUGUUCAUUUUUUUGAAGUCAUAUUUACCAAAUGUGUUGUGACAUUUUUGCUUUCCUUCUAGUGGGAACCAGAACCAGUCAAUGGCCAAUGAAAACUACACGAGGGUCACAGAGUUCCUUUUCACAGGCUUGAAUUAUGACCCCCAGUUGCAGGUCUUCCUCUUCCUGCUCUUUCUGAGUUUCUACAUCAUCAGUCUCACUGGGAACUUGAGUAUGAUUGUUCUGAUACGGAUCGAUUCCCACCUCCACACACCCAUGUACUUUUUCCUCAGCCAUCUCUCCUUUGUAGACAUGUGCUUCUCCUCAGUAGUUAGCCCCAAGAUGCUGACUGAUUUUUUUGUGAGAAGAAAAGCCAUAACUUUCUUGGGCUGUGCAUUGCAGCAGUGGUUUUUUGGAUUCUUUGUGGCAGCUGAGUGCUUUCUCUUGGCAUCCAUGGCCUAUGAUCGUUAUGUCGCCAUCUGCAACCCAUUAUUAUAUGCAGUUGCCAUGUCCCAGAGACUCUGUGUCCAGCUGGUGGUUGGUCCCUAUGUUAUUGGGUUCAUGAACACUAUGACUCAUACAACAAAUGCAUUCCGUCUCCCUUUUUGUGGCCCCAAUGUCAUCAAUCAUUUCUUCUGUGAUAUGUUCCCCUUGCUGUACCUUGUAUGUGCUGACACCAAGCUCAAUAAGUUGGUAGUUUUCAUCGUAGCUGGAGCGGUGGGUGUCCUCAGUGGUUUGACUAUACUGGUUUCCUACAUUUAUAUCCUCACUGCCAUCUUGAGGAUCCGCUCUGUUGAUGGGAGGCACAAAGCCUUCUCCACCUGCUCUUCUCACCUGACAGCUGUCUCCAUCCUGUAUGGUACUCUUUUCUUUAUUUAUGUUCGGCCUAGUGCAAGUAUCUCCCUGAAUCUCAAUAAAGUGGUGUCUGUGUUUUAUACUGCAGUGAUCCCCAUGUUGAACCCCUUUAUCUAUAGCUUAAGGAACAAGGAGGUUAAAGAUGCCAUCCAUAGAACUACUGCUAAGAGGAAGUUUUGCAGGGCUUAAAUUCCAAUCUAGAAAAGAAAUUGGCGGUAGAAAACUAAAAAAACAAUUAGACUAAUUGUUUGGAUUCCUAAGAGUCUAGACCACUUGCAAGUGUUUGGGAGUUGGUUGACAUCCCUUUAUUCAUUAUCCAUCGAAUUACUCAUUCAUUUAGUUGAUCAAUGUGGCUUCAUUAAGUCUUAUAUGUGAUCUUUUCUGUGUAACAUGCCAAUAUUCACACUUACAGUAUUUUUUAAUUUCUCCUCCCUCAGAUACCUCAUAGUUCAAUUAUUUUCUAAAAAGCUUUAUUUUACUCUUUGAUUUCUGUUUUUAAUUUUUAUUUUAUUAUUUUCUUGUUAUUCUAUCAGUAAUAAAAUGUCCUUUCUCUGAUAACUUCUUGGCAUUGAAGUUUCAAAAUGCAGCAUGUUAGGUUUUCAGUCAUACCUAACACCCAUUGGUGGGAAUCCGCUAAAAAAAAGAAAAAAAAAAGCUGGAUUUUAAUAUUUAACCUAGUGAGCACAAUGUUUGAAACUUGAAACUACUGCCUUUGCAUUCAGAUUUUUUGAAGUGGCUUAGAUGCAAAGGACUACAUGUAACUAGGUACUGAAGAUGGAUCUGUGUUCAACUCUAUGGCUGAUGAAGUUAUCUACAGGAUCCAUUCACAAUAAUAAAGAAACUUGCACUCAUGUCUAAUCCACUUCAUACCUGGAAAAGCUUCUGAUAGAAUGGGAUAAGCCUGAAUUUUCUCAGGAUUCUAUUUUCUGAUACACGUUGGAGGAUUACCUGAACUUCACUUAGUUGGCAAUUGAUUGUGUGUACGAUGUUGUUGUUGUUGUUAUUAGGUGCCGUCAAGUAGGUUCCGACUUAUAGUGACCCUAUGCACAACAGAACGAAACACUGCCCGGUCCUGAGCCACCCUUACAAUCGUUGCUAUGCUUGAGCUCAUUGUUGCAGCCACUGUGUCAAUCCACCUUGUUGAGGGUCUUCCUCUUUUCCACUGACCCUGUACUCUGCCAAGCAUGAUGUCCUUCUCCAGGGACUGAUCCCUCCUGACAACAUGUCCAAAGUAUGUAAAACGCAGUCUCGCCAUCCUUACUUCUAAGGAGCAUUCUGGCUGUACUUCUUCUAAGACAGAUUUGUUCAUUUUUUUUGGCAGUUCAUAGUAUAUUCAAUAUUCUUCGCCAACACCACAAUUCAAAGGUGUCAAUUCUUCUUCGAUCUUCCUUAUUCAUUGUCCAGCUUUCUCAUGCAUAUGAUGUGAUUGAAAAUACCAUGGCUUGGGUCAGGCGCACCUUAGUCUUCAGUCUCCUCCUUUGCUCUUCAACACUUUAAAGAGGUCCUUUGUGGCAGAUUUGCCCAA